AUGAGCGAUACUAUACCAGCCUUGGCGGCCUUGACUCUCGUGGAAGCCUACUUCCUACAGCGCACUGUCUUUGUAGAGGAGACAUUCCAGACAGUAUGUCUGGGUGCAUUAGGGGUAAAUUUUCUAAUGAGAGCCCUCUACGGGAUCAUCAUAUGGCCGUUCUUCCUGAACCCGCUGCGCCAUUUACCCAGAGUGCCGGGCUUAAUGAACCAUGCCUCGAUCAUCUUCGACUCGCCAAGAGGCCGCAUGCCUCUGCACUGGAUGAAGACCAUCCCGAAUGAAGGCCUCAUCCACAUGCGCGACAUGAUCUGCAAGAGCUACGUGAUCGCAACCAACCAUCAGGCCCUGUUAGACAUCAUGAGCACAAACACCUACGACUUCGAGAAGCCGUGGCGAUUCCGGAACUUUCUCGCUCGCAUCAUCGGCUUUGGAAUGAUUCUGUCCGAGGGCGCGGCGCAUAAGAAGCAGCGGAAAGCGCUCACGCCUGCCUUUAACAUCAAGAACAUCCGCUCUAUGUAUUCACUGAUGUGGGAGAAGACGGGGCAGUUCUUGGAUGAGAUGGAGAAGGAGUUGAUUCAUCAUCCGAUGGAGGGUACGAAUGCCGAGGAGAAGAUUGGCAAGUUGGAAGUUGGGGAAUGGGCGAGUCGUCUGACACUCGACAUCAUUGGACCUGCCGCUAUGGGCAGAGACUUCUGCUCACUGCAGGACAAGGAUAACCGCGUCGCGGAGAGUUUCCUCAAUAUUCUCGAACCCACCACAGAGAAGAUGGCCUUCCUAGCCAUGAACUUCACCUUGCCGCAAUGGAUAGCCCAACGUGUGCCCUGGCGCAUGAACGAUGUCAUCACCAACGAGACGAACUUCCUCCGAAAUCUCUGCAACGACAUAGUGCGCGAGAAACGCCAGACCCUAGCCGCGUCCAAGGCUUCGGCCAAGGACCUCGAGGCCGACAUCCUGGGCACAAUGAUGCUUGGAGGAGAUUUCUCAGACACCGAGCUAGUCGAUCAGAUGUUGACAUUCCUAGCCGCAGGCCAUGAAACAACAGCCAGCGCUCUCACCUGGGCCUGCUACCUCCUAACCCUCCAUCCAGAAUAUCAAACCCGACUCCGCGCUGAAAUCCGCACCCGGAUUCCCUCCGGCGCAAGCCCAAUAACCUACCAAGACCUGGAAUCCCUCCCCCUCCUCAACGGCGUCUGCCAAGAAGUACUCCGUCUGUAUCCAACCGUGCCAGCCACAAUCCGCGAAUCGAUCCGGGAUACCGUCGUCGCCGGUAAGCACGUACCAAAGGGGACGAGGGUGAUUCUCUGUCCGUAUGCUAUCAACCGAUCACCGCUAUUCUGGGGUGAUAACGGGGAUGAGUUUAUUCCGGAGCGAUGGAUUGAUACAGAUAAGAAUGGUAACCAGGUGCCGAAUAAUAAUGGAGGGGCGUCGACGAAUUUCGCGCAGAUUACCUUUUUGCAUGGCCAGCGGGCUUGUAUUGGGAAGGACUUUGCGCGGGCGGAGUUGAGGUGUGCGGUUGCUGGCGUUGUGGGUAGGUUUUGGUUUGAGAUGCAGGAUCCGAAGCAGGAGAUUCAUAUUGCUGGUGCUGUUACUACGAAGCCGGUUGAGGGUAUGCAUUUGAGGAUGCAGAGGGUUGAUGAGUGGUGA